UUCUUGGCUUUGUUACCUUACCGAAGAUUCGCUCCAGUGACCACGACCACAGAUAAAUAAACGGCUGAAAGAAAUACGAAAUUGCAGCCAGCACGAAGCGGCUAAAAACGGAAGUCUAAUCCAAUUUGGCCUAUGACAAUACAAACGCACUUUCUUCGCUACGCAUUAUCCAGGUGCGUGUGCGUAUAGAGAGUGAGCGAGAGAGAGAGACCGAGGACGAGCAAGCGAGCGAGCGAGAGCAAAAGCAUUUCCCUAUGAUUGGCUCAUUCUGGAAUCUGUGCAGAGCGUGCCCAUCAAUGCCGGUAGACAAGCAGCUCCACUCGGAGUAUAGGAGCACUUAUCGUUGGCAUGAAUUUACGGGCAACUCGCGGCCAGAGGUUGUGCGACGGGCGCCAGCCCCAAACCCAAGUCAAUUUGUUGGACCGACAAAUGAGCCGCCAUUGCCGCGACGGAAAAAAUGUCCAGAAUUAGCAUAUAAAUCGCACGAGUUUAUUAUAGGAUCGGAAUAUACAGAUGCACGCCGAGAUGCCAGUGCACAUCGUUUGGCGAGAUCGGAGGAGCGGGGCGGCACACCUUCGCGCCGCAGCAAAUCGGAGGGACCACCCGUCGUGCCCAAUGGACGUGCGUAUCCCAUUGCAACGGAGAUCGACGGAACCACAAGAAAACAGGCGGGUGAGUCAAAUGGGCUAUUGAAAAAGACCAUCACUAAAUUGAGCACUGAGUACCGCCUGCAAUUCGUUUGGCCCACUGUCCGACGUAUUAAGGGCGGCGGCGAGGCGACGUCUAGGGCCGCUGCCGGCGAUUAUCCGAGAAAGUCCAUAUCGCUGGGCGCCCUUCGGUCCGGCGGCCAAAGUCACAGUCACACCCAAAACCAGAAUCAGAGUCUGACCCAAACCCAGAAUGGUCACACACAUCACACGAUGAUGGGUGGCGGUGCCGGCCUGCCAACGGUGCAUAAAAAACGUACAACAAAUCAGAAAGAAGCUACUCUACAUGAGUUGGAGCCCUUGGUUAGCGAUACGGAUGAUAGAAAAACGCACGAGAAACAAGUGACCAUUGUGGAGCGCAAGAUCACCUCGCGUCCCUUCUCGCAGGCCAUCGACCAGGAGCGCCUGAACCACUUCAUCACGAAAAAGGAGAACUUCGGCUUCGCAGACGCCGCCGUGGCCGCCGCAGUUCUCAAGGACGAGGUGGACAACCGGCAGCAGGCCGCCGAAUCCGGCCAGGUGGUGGUCAUGAACGGCUCCGCCCCGCCGCACUCUAAACCGAAUUUGGAUUUGUGGUUCAAGGAGAUGGUUGAGCUGCGCAAAAAGGCCGGCGAAUACAAGUGUCGCGGUUGGGGCAUAGAAAUCGAUCCGGAAUUAUACAAGAAACAAAAGGAUCUGUGGGAUCAGGUUUCAAAGCGCAGCUCACUUUCAGCUCUUUCCCUAGCAUCGUCUGUUCAUAGACCCAUUACAAAGGAGGAGAAGGAACAGGAGAACAAUAAGAAAUCCACGCCAUUGCAGAAGGCCCAAAAGCCACGUGUUCCUGGCCAAGCCUUUUUGAUUGAUAAUAAGGAUGAGAUUUCAGCACUGCCAGCACGCUUUAGCAAUAUCCGUCAUCACCUUGAACGCACCACGGGUCCGGACGUAGAGGAGGGCGCCUUGUUGCCCUCGCCGACGCGCGAGAAACUGAUGCCGGCCAUAACCAAGCGGGAAUCGGAAUCUCAGCGCGGAAGUCCCAAGAAGACCGCCUUAUCCAGGCACGGAUCGCCCCAAAAGGGCAGUCCCCAGAAGGGCAGCCCCAAGAAGGUCCUCAAAACCCGGUCACAAUCGGCGGGUCCGGGUGUUGCUGAGAAUGAGUCACCGAAGCGCCAGAUCCGGUCGGCGAGUCAGGCGCCCAGCAGCCGUAAAAAGACGCCGACAACCGGAAGCGGAAGCGAACGCAAGGCACGCCCAUCCACCCUACCCACAACAUUCCAAUCCCGCAUUAAAAGUAGUUCCCUGCCACCGCCCAACGGUAGAGUAGCCUCAGCGCCGCCAGCAACUGCAGCAGCAGCAGCAACCCGAGCAGCAACCGCAGCAACAUCAGCAGCUAAAUCAGCAUUAAACGCUAAUCAGCCUCAUGCUAAUCAAUCACAAUCAUCACAAGCCAAGAGCGGCAGCGGCAAAAUUCUAAAACCAUCGGCCACAUCCGCCCAACAACAACAACAACAGCAGCAACAGCAAAUGCGUAAGAAAGACAAAGAUAGAUCGAAUAGUAGUUGCAUUGGCAAUGGUAGUCAUGUUGGUGCUGGUAGCGGUAGUCAAGCAAAUAGUGUCAAGCAUCUGCAGAAUAAGCAAAAGCAACAACAACUACAGCAGCAACAGCAAAAGCAACAACAACAACAGCAACCGCAACAGCAACACGAUGUUGCAGCAGCGACAGCAACAGCAACAUCGGCUCAAAACCCAACCCGGCCUGCAACCAUCAACAUCAAACGGCUCACGGUACCAGGUCAGGAUAGAAAAUUGGCUGAAAACGAUGGCGAGGAUGGUCGUGAGACUGCCAUUUCCAUUUCCAGCUGCAGCCCCCAGCCUCCAGUGCCGGAAGUGCCCGAGGAGCCCCUGGUGAAGUCCCCACCAGAACCGACCCGGGUCAAGUCCCCGGAGCAGAUCAUAAUGCGCUCUCCCGAUCCAGUCAACUGGACGGUGCCCCUAGACACUGGCAAGACCUUUACGGUUACGCAGAAUGUCAAAGAUGGGGAGAACUACAGCCGACCUCAGAGCGAGAUAAAAGCGUCGACACCGGUGGAGAAGCCCCCACCGCCACCACAAUCGGCACCGCCACAACUAACCGAACAGGCUAAAAUGGACGGUAAGCCAUUAAGCACGCUUCAAUAAAAAACGCAAAACUUCCAUACCAAAAGCAUCAGCAAAACCAAAUGAAGUCAACAAAACAAAACAAAAACCAAACCAGAAAAACCAAAAAAAGUCAAAUC